ACCACGCUCAGAGUGGAUGAUACGCAGAGCAAGAGUUGUGAGAUUUCUUGCAAUCGGAGGAGUGAUUUCCUUCGUUUUCAUCGAGAAGUUUGACUUGGAAUUUAUAACACCAUUGGACCGAAUUUCCCCAAAAUGCAGAGACCAAGCGGACAAGGGACGGCGUUUUCAAUAGACUCCUUGAUAGGAACCCCGCAACCGAGACCGGGGCACCUGCUCUACACAGGCUAUCCAAUGUUUAUGCCGUAUCGACCACUGAUGAUUCCGCAAGCUCUGUCUCAUUCGCCGCUGCCAUCCGGUAUCCCUCCUUUGGCACCGCUAGCGUCGUUCGCGGGUCGACUCACGAACACUUUCUGUGCGAGUUUGGGGCAGGGGAUGCCCUCCAUGGUAGCGCUAACAACUACCCUACCGAGCUUCUCGGAACCACCGGACAGUUUUUAUCCUCCACAAGAGAUGCCCGCACCUCGAUUAAGCGCUGAUCCGAGUAUUAGGAGACAAGAAAGCCCGCACACCGAGGAUCUGCACGCGAGAGAAAAAGCCUCGGAACUUCUGAACUUCUCAGAAACUUUCCAAACGAUCACAGGUGAGACCAAACUGUACAGUUCAGACGAGGAGAAACUGGACCUUAAGUCAGCGGACACGGCAUGCAGUGACAGAGAGGACAGCUCCGGAGACAGUGAAAACGAAAGUUUCUCGGACGGCAACAACUGUGGAUCAUUAUCCCAAAAGGGCAAACUGAAGCCCGGCUCUCAGGACUCAUUGCCACCGGGGGGUUCUGCUGGAAAAAGUAGACGGAGACGAACAGCAUUCACCAGUGAGCAGUUGCUUGAACUUGAGAAGGAGUUCCACUGUAAAAAGUACCUAUCCCUUACGGAGCGCUCGCAAAUCGCACACGCACUUAAACUGAGCGAGGUCCAGGUAAAAAUCUGGUUUCAGAAUCGACGGGCUAAAUGGAAAAGGAUCAAAGCAGGCAAUGUCAACAAUCGGUCCGGCGAACCGGUGAGAAACCCAAAAAUUGUCGUCCCAAUUCCGGUCCAUGUCAACAGGUUUGCUGUCAGGAGCCAGCACCAACAAAUAGAGCAAGGCAGCAGGCCCUGAGUCUGUGUUUUAAUAGAGACACUGAACUGCUGAUGUAAAAUGCAUGAAGCACAAACGCAAGGAUUCCACAAUAUCUGGGACAAAUAUAAUUUUUCUGUAGCAUAUGGUCUUUAUACAUAUAGAUGUUUUGGACAAGACUGUGUAUAUUUUCUUUUCAGAAUGUGUUCUGGACAUUAAUUUAUUGGUUUCUGUAAAUAUGUAAAUAUUGAACCUGUCUUUAAGGACAUAAUGUGCACUAUGGAAAUUUUGAAAUGUAAAAACAAUUUUAAGAAUAUUUAUAAGUUGCCUAUUAGUUAAAUGUCUGCACGUGUUCUCACCCUCCUGUUUAGUCUCUUGUUUUUACCAGCUCUUACCACAUCAUUUAAUUUAUCAUUUUGCAUGUAUACUCCGAGACGUCCUCAUUUAGUACUUUUAGCAACUGUAUCCACCAGUUGUUUGUGAAA